AUGAGUAUAGUUCAAGAAUCUGCAUCAACUGGAACAAGUACCAGCAUAAAUGAAGACAUUUCAACAUCAACAGUACAAAGAUCAGGUAAUAUUGCAUCUUUCACUUCAAGUCAAACAUUUACAAAAAAUUUAACAACAAUUGAUACUAAUGGGAAUGUUUUUAAAGUUCCAGAUUAUACAAUAAAAGAAAUUUUACAAGCCAUACCGAAACAUUGUUAUGAAAGAUCAUUAAUUAAAUCUAUGGGAUAUGUUAUUAGAGAUAUUUCAGUGAUGAUUUUAAUUAGUUAUAUUGGACAUACUUUAAUUCCAAAAAUUGAAAUUGAAAAUUAUUCAAAUUUAUCAUUAGUAAUUAGAAGUAUUGCAUGGAUGAUACAAUCAUAUUGUAUUGGAUUAUUUGGAUUUGGAUUAUGGAUAUUAGCUCAUGAAUGUGGUCAUGGUGCAUUUUCAGAUUAUCAAAAUAUUAAUGAUAUAAUUGGUUGGAUAUUACAUUCUUAUUUAAUUGUUCCAUAUUUUUCAUGGAAAUUUAGUCAUGCAAAACAUCAUAAAGCAACUGGUCAUUUAACUAAAGAUAUGGUUUUUAUUCCAUAUACAAAAAAGGAAUUUUUAGAAAAAAACAAAGUUGAUAAAAUUGCUGAUGUUAUGGAAGAUAGUCCAAUUUGGUCAUUUUUAGUUUUAAUUUUUCAACAAUUAGGUGGAUUACAGUUAUAUUUAGCUACUAAUGCUACUGGACAAGUUUAUCCUGGUUAUUCAAAAUUUGCAAAAUCUCAUUAUGCACCUUCAUCACCAGUUUUUGAUAAACAACAAUAUUGGUAUAUAAUUUUAUCUGAUAUUGGAAUUAUAACUACUUUCAUCGUAGUUUAUCAAUGGUAUAAGAAUUUUGGUUUAUUUAAUAUGAUGAUAAAUUGGUUUGUUCCUUGGUUAUGGGUAAAUCAUUGGUUAGUAUUUGUAACAUUUUUACAACAUACUGAUCCAACAAUGCCUCACUAUACUGCUAAAGAAUGGACUUUUGCUCGUGGAGCAGCAGCAACAAUUGAUCGUAAUUUUGGAUUUAUUGGUCAACAUAUUUUUCAUGAUAUUAUAGAAACUCAUGUUUUACAUCAUUAUGUUUCAAGAAUUCCAUUUUAUAAUGCAAGAGAAGCAACUGACGCUAUAAGGAAAGUUAUGGGUGAACAUUAUAGAUACGAGGGUGAAUCCAUGUGGCUUUCCCUUUGGAAAUGCGUACGUACUUGUCAAUUUGUUGAUGAUGAUAAAGAAGAUGCAAAAGGGGUAAUGAUGUUUAGAAAUGUUAACGGUAAAGGUGGUGUUAAACCAAAGGAUUAA